ACUGCCGCCCAGUAUGGCCGACAGUAUGAAUAGUUGAGUGUACUCACUGGCGGCUAUCGUCCACGGUAUUUUAGACACGAAGACCUCGAACACUCUCUUAGACGGCGCUGCCAUGUUUCGUCCUUGGUUCGGUGUUGCUACGAGGAGUGGGUUGAAAGGUCAGUGACGUCAUGGCGAAGAUGGCGGCCUCCCUGCUGGAGAGUGGAGAAGACGCGUUUCGAAAAGUCUUCAAGUUUUACAGGAGGAGGAAUCCUCCGCCGGACUACAGCCAGGUCAUCGACUUCUCCACAGGUGUGCCGAGUGACAAGAUAGUUCCAGCUAAACUGGACCUUGCUGCAGUGACUGAUGCAGAGGCUGCAAGGGUUGGAUUACAGCCUGUCAGAGACUGGAGAGCCUUUGGGCUGCAGGGCUACCCAGGAUUCAUCUUCAUCUCCAAUCCGUUCCUGCCGGGCUCCCAACCCUCCUGGGUCAGACAGUGUCUGAAGACGUACCCACAGAAGCCCAAUGUCUGCAACCUGGACAUGCACAUGUCUCCCUCUGAGACCCAGGACAUCUGGGGCAAGAGUGUACACAGCCUCAGUGUUCGCUCCUCUGCAAAGAGAGAACCAAAGACUCUUCUGGAGAGGCUGCGCUGGGUCACUCUGGGCUAUCAUUACAACUGGGACACCAAGACUUACUCCACCAACCAUUACACUCCUUUCCCUGCUGAUCUCCACUCGCUGUCCCUCCAAAUAACAGCCGCCUGUGGGUUCCCUGGUUUCAAUGCAGAAGCUGGAAUCCUUAACUACUACCGGUCUGAUUCAUCUCUGGGAAUCCACGUGGACGAAUCUGAACUAGAUCACAGCCGCCCCCUGCUGUCGCUCAGCUUUGGCCAGUCAGCCAUCUUCCUCCUGGGGGGCGUCUGCAGACAGGACGCCCCCACUGCUAUGUUCAUGCACAGUGGGGACAUGAUGGUGAUGUCGGGACAGAGCCGCCUCCUUUACCACGCCGUCCCACGCAUCCUCCCGGCACCUCAGGGACACAUGGCUUCAGUAAUGGAAGGCUGCGGUCUGUCCCUGCAGGACAGCAGUGGGGUGGAGGCGGUGUCAGAGGAGGACUGGGCGGUGUGCUGCAGGUACAUCCAGAGCUCCAGAGUGAACGUGACUGUCAGACAGGUGCUGGGGCCUGGGCAGAGUUUUCCAGAAACGCCCUCUUCUCACCAAAGGACUGAUGCAGGCCAGACAGCGGGGUACCAUGACAGAGCAGCAGAUGGAGAGAGUGAGAAAAGGAAGAGGAGUAGUAGCUGUGACUCUGAUGAUGCACAGACGUGAGACAGACCCCAAGCUCACACUCCUCUGCAGCGAUAUUUAUUAUUUGACACCUUGCUGAACAACAGAAACCUCAUGUCAGAUGUGCUCUUACUUAGUGUGUUACAAGAGGAAGAUCGACCCCUCCGAAGAUAGCAGAAUUUCAGAACCAGCUGCCCUGAACAGAGCAAAAACUGUGUGUAAAAAAACAAAAUCCAGAAUAUUUGUAUUUCAUUUAAUAAACGCCAUGUUGUUUCAAUGAAGCAGAUAUGUAAGGCUGAUGUAGUUCAGUGGCAGUAAAUUCAUUAUGGCUGUGUACUCAAGGACAGUAGUUGUCAUCAGGACUCCUAAGAUGGUUGGCAGAUGAUUUCUAAAGGUCACCAAAUGUUUGUGGAGAAUAAAAUAAAAUAUUUUGCCAAGCAGCUCCCAGAGAGGUCGACCCUUCAAGAACAUUCAAGACAUUCAGAAUCAGAAUCAGGUUUAUUGCCAAGAAUGUUUUCACAUACAAGGAAUCAGCUUUGGUAAAUUGGUGCUUAACAAUCCUAAACAGGAUAAGAAAAAUAUAAGUAAAGAUAGAACUGUAAGUAAAGCAGCAUGAAUGGAAAAUGAACAAUAAGAUGAGAAAUAUUAUAAAGACAGCAAGAGUCCAAGAGGUGUGUGUCAAUGGACCACAUAGUUUCAGGUGUGUAGAUAUGCGUGAGGAAAUAAGAGUCAGUGUCUAGGUGGAGGUCUCACGUCUUGUUGAUGAGGCUAGCUAUAGAUGAGUCAAAACUACAGCAUUUUGACGGGGCGCAGUAUCCUGCCGUAGGGUGUCUCAAACCGUUUGUGUCUGGGGUUGGAUGGGUCAGCCGCAAUCUUACCCACGUGCCUCAAAGUCCUUCCUGGUGGAGCACAUUUUCUGGAUCUCUGCUGGAGGCCAGACCAAAGGACAAAGAACUCACAAAGGAUGUGCUCCAGUCAUUGAUCACAAAUAAUUUGUAAUCAAAAGUGUUAUAUGCUUAAAUUAUUAAGUUAUCAAUACCAGUAAGAGGAAAAUCCAUCAAUGAGUGUUUGGUCUCUGAACAAUCUCUGGCUAUAUAUUUAAUAUUUCUCCUCUCGAUGAAGCUCCUCUGUUCUCUGAUCUGUCUUAGCGAGUGCUACAUUUCAACAUUGUGUAUUUUUAUUUUUUUUCUACAUGGACAGUUGACUACAGUAUGUGUCACAUUUUUUGUUCUACAGGUGAUGAAGCUGUUUUUUUUAUUUAUAGCCUCGUGUGACUGGAUGAAACAAGCUUUUAAUGUUCCUGGUGAAUUUGUAAUUGACACCAUCUUCCAAACGGUGUGUCACCUUUGAAUUUAUUGUGGGUUUGUGGUUGCAAGUUUUUGUCCUUUAGGUUCCCUCUCCUGAAAGUAAGCAUUGGUAAAGCCGAAACUAAGAAGAGAUGUACAGACAGACAUGUAGUUGGACUCAUUCACGUAAACGGUCAAAGGAUCAGUAUUGUAAACUGGAGCCACAGCAAUGAAUGCUUCCAAUGUGACGAGUAAAUUCUAAAAGUUGUCUGAAUUCUUUGGGAAGCCUGCUAAAGGACUUUCUUGAGUUCAAACGAGAUGAAGGCAUAGUAAACUAUCCAGGUCUGACAGAAUAGAACAAUACAGCGAUAUUAAAACAUAUUUGGUGUCUGUGACUCAAAGUUUUCUGCAAUGAAGGAUUAUUAGCAACAUUUCAGG